UGUAGCUAUAGUUUAGUAAAGCAAGAGGAGUCCAGUGAAGGAAGCUGGUGGUUCUGAACGGGACGCGGCCGGCUCGGGCUGCUGUCAGCUGACAGUCCGCUGCUGCCGCCGACAUCUUGCCUCCGACCGGAGGAGACGGAGAGUCCGCUUGUCACGGUCAAACGUCCCGAUGGAGUGACGGCAGGGCCGGCGGUUCCGUGUGAGGCAGCUCGGGGACAGAACAGCUUCUCUGCGGACCGGUCACUUCAUUAUGAUCAGCUCUGACUGACUGAGGAGCAUCGGCCAUGAUCGGAGGACUCUUCAUCUACAACCACAAGGGGGAGGUGUUGAUCUCCAGGGUGUACCGCGAUGACAUCGGGAGGAACGCAGUGGACGCGUUCCGUGUGAACGUUAUCCACGCCCGGCAGCAGGUCCGCUCUCCAGUCACCAACAUCGCCCGGACAAGCUUCUUCCAUGUUAAACGCUCCAACAUCUGGCUGGCAGCCGUCACCAAGCAGAACGUCAACGCCACCAUGGUGUUCGAGUUCCUCUACAAGAUGUGUGACGUCAUGUCAGCCUACUUUGGCAAGAUCAGCGAGGAGAAUGUCAAGAACAACUUUGUCCUCAUCUACGAGCUGCUCGAUGAGAUUCUGGACUUUGGUUACCCUCAGAACUCAGAGACUGGAGCUCUGAAAACCUUCAUCACCCAACAGGGCAUCAAGAGCCAGCACCAUACCAAAGAGGAGCAGUCUCAGAUCACCAGUCAGGUCACGGGUCAGAUCGGCUGGAGGAGAGAAGGAAUCAAGUACCGACGCAACGAGCUGUUUCUGGACGUGUUGGAGAGCGUUAACCUGCUCAUGUCUCCACAAGGUCAGGUGCUCAGUGCUCAUGUCUCAGGUCGGGUGGUGAUGAAGAGUUACCUGAGCGGGAUGCCUGAGUGUAAGUUUGGGAUGAAUGACAAGAUCGUCAUCGACAAGCAGGGCAAAGGUGGAGCAUCAGAGGAAGCAGCUAAGAGUGGUAAACAGUCAAUAGCAAUCGAUGAUUGCACCUUCCAUCAGUGUGUCCGUCUCAGCAAGUUUGACUCUGAACGCAGCAUCAGCUUCAUCCCUCCAGACGGAGACUACGAGCUCAUGAGGUACCGCACCACCAAAGACAUCAUCCUGCCCUUCAGAGUCAUCCCUCUGGUCCGAGAGGUCGGUCGCACCAAACUGGAGGUCAAAGUCGUCAUCAAGUCCAAUUUCAAGUCAUCGCUGCUGGCACAGAAGAUCGAGGUUCGGAUCCCGACCCCCCUGAACACCAGCGGGGUUCAGCUCAUCUGUAUGAAGGGAAAAGCAAAGUACAAAGCCAGUGAGAACGCCAUCGUCUGGAAAAUAAAGCGCAUGGCGGGGAUGAAGGAGUCUCAGAUCAGCGCAGAGAUCGAGCUGCUGCCCACCAACGACAAGAAGAAGUGGGCUCGACCUCCGAUCUCCAUGAACUUUGAGGUGCCGUUCGCUCCGUCAGGUCUGAAGGUGAGGUACCUGAAGGUGUUUGAGCCGAAGCUGAACUACAGCGAUCACGACGUCAUUAAAUGGGUUCGUUAUAUCGGACGCAGCGGGAUCUACGAGACUCGCUGUUGACCUCGCCGCAACCUCCGGGGCUGAUGGGAAGGAAUGACCACCUGUGACAUUGUUGUUGUUCUCUGCCUCUGUGUGUGUGUGUGUGUGUGUGUGCGUGCGUGCGUGCGUGCGUGUAUGUGUGCGUGUGCAUGCGUGCGUGUGUGUGUGUAAUGUGACAUCAGUUGUACAGUCUGGUUACGUUGAGCACGUGGGUUCUGUAUUUUAUCCUGAGUUAUUCCAGAUGAGCUCCGUGUGGGGACACAGAUCAGCCAAUCACAUUCCAGAACUGCUCACAGGUGUUCAUAGCUCAUUGACCAUCUCGUCCUUCACUUCAUGUGACAUACACUGUAUGUUGUCCGAUGACAUCAGUAUGACAUCAUUAGGUGCACAGGCUGAGGAGGAUGAACCAGGUGACUGUACUAAAUGUGUGCACACAGAGCUGGAGCGCAGUGAGUCCUCCUGUCUCAUAGUCAGUCUGUGAUGUGUGUGGUUACCCAGCAUGCAUCAGUGUCGCUCAGUGUGAACAUGUUUACUUUGAUUUAUUGAAGUGAAUCAUCUCUGAAAAAUCCUUUGUUUUAUUUUUUUACUCUUUUUUUUCUAUCCAGAUGUGUCAAAUAUAACAAGUUACCUGUGUGUGUGUGUGUGUGUGUGUGUGUGUGUGUGUGUGUGUGUGUGUGUGUGUGUGUGUGUGUGUGUGUGUGUGGUCAUGUUCAGCAGCUGCUGUCUGAAGUCAUUUUGCCAAAUCUUCUGUUUUCUCAAUAAAAUCUGUGGGACUGACACUGA